AAUUCGUUUGUUCGUUUCUCUCUCUGUAUAUAUCAUAUGAUUUCUUGUUCUUUAGGCCCUCCAUAUUUAUUUUUUUUUCUCCUGUCAAGUUUCGCAUUCUCUAGGGUUUCGAUUAUCCGCCGGAAAGGAUCGUACAAUGAGCUCAUCGGCUUCGUCAAAGGGUGGUAGAGGGAAACCCAAAGCCACAAAGUCUGUUUCGCGGUCUCAGAAAGCUGGUCUACAGUUCCCUGUCGGUCGUAUUGCUCGGUUUCUCAAGGCCGGUAAGUAUGCGGAGCGUGUUGGUGCCGGUGCUCCCGUCUAUCUCUCCGCCGUCCUCGAAUAUCUGGCCGCCGAGGUGCUUGAGCUUGCAGGCAAUGCCGCCAGAGACAACAAGAAAAAUCGCAUUGUUCCGAGACACAUACAGCUUGCAGUCCGAAAUGACGAAGAGUUAAGCAAGCUUUUGGGUGAUGUGACCAUUGCAAAUGGGGGUGUGUUGCCUAAUAUCCAUCAAACUCUCUUGCCUAAGAAGGCCGGAUCAGGAAAAGGUGACAUCGGAUCUGCAUCACAAGAGUUUUAAAAGUGUGAUCAUCUCCAAAUUUUGAUACACAAGGUAUUAAGAGCGAAAAUGGUUGUGGUUUCUUUGCCUUGUUUUGGAAUCUAUUUCAUUAACCACAGAAGACAAUCUAUUUUUUUGGACAUAUAAAUGAAACCAUAUUGUGUUUUAA